GCGCCGACUGCCGCGCGGAGUGAACGCCACUCGCGACCACGACGCGACCACACGCGCACCUGUGCACCUGUGCCCUGUGUUUAUUGCUCUCAAAACACGUAAACAAACGAAACCGCUGUGAGAAGUGCAGCUAAGUGAGAUCGGAACGUCGCACGCACGCCAUCCGAGUACGCUGUGCCGAGUGACAGUUGCAUUCUGCAGGGCUCAGGCAGUGAACUGGUGAAGCGUAACAUGUAGUGGAGAUUUGAAGACAAAAGUGUAUUUCUAAUCGUUCGGCAUGGCCGAUAUUGAUGAAAUGAAUAUCGACUACGAAGUCGGCUACGAGUACGACAUGUCUAAAAUACCGGAAAUCGUUACACCGGACGACACAAACGAGUCCGGCUAUCAGGAGGGUUCGGAGAAAAGUUACGGUGAUAGACGAGAUUCGAAAGAGGGUUUCGGUGGCGAAGGGGAUUCAGAUAGUGGUGUCGAUGGGGUGAGCAGUGGAUGUAGCACGGUGGAUGAUUGCCCGGUGGUGUCGAUAAAUGAUGUGGUCGCGUACUAUGAUGACAUUCGCCCGAGGCGGCGACACGUGCCUCAGCUUAAUUUCUAUCACGUGGAUAUCGAGAGGAUGACCUUGGACGCUGUUGUUCAGAGCGAGUCGAGCUACACCUCUUCAGAAGAAGGCUGCGGCGGUGGUGAGCGCCACGCUGUGCUCAGUUAUGAGCAAGUACGAAGGCUUAACGAUGUUAUGGAUGAAGUUGUCUCUAUACACGGCCGAGGCAACUUCCCAACUCUUCACAUCCGACUGCGCGAGCUGGUGGCGGGCGUACGGGCUCGUCUCGAAGCCGCUCAAACUGAAGGCGGUGCAGGGGUCGCAGUCCGAGACGUACGUCUCAACGGUGGCGCCGCUAGUCACGUCUUAGCCGAUCGCCCGCAACCUUAUUCCGACAUCGACCUUAUUUUCACUGCGGAGCUACCGACGGCACGUCACUGUGAUCGCGUCAAGGCUGCAGUUCUUGGACAUCUUUCAACUCUUCUCCCGGCCACGAACCCUCGUCGACGCGUCGCGCCGGCUGGGUUAAAAGAAGCCUACGUUUCAAAAAUGGUCAGAGUCAACUCAGACGGUGACCGUUGGUCAUUAAUUUCACUGGGAAAUUCGCGUGGUCACAAAUCAGUAGAACUGAAGUUUGUUGAUACAAUGCGUCGGCAGUUCGAAUUCUCAGUUGAUUCGUUCCAAAUUGCUUUGGACUCUCUACUCGCAUUCCAUGAAUGCGCUCAACUUCCUAUUGGAGAAAACUUCUAUCCGACCGUCGUCGGUGAAUCUGUAUUUGGUGACUUCAGUGAGGCACUCAUGCAUUUAUCAGAGAAGUUGAUCGCCACGCGGCAACCAGAAGAAAUACGCGGAGGCGGUCUUUUAAAGUAUUGUGCACUUUUGGCCAAAGGAUACCGGCCGGCACGACCGGACAAGAUCAAAACCCUUGAACGCUACAUGUGCUCAAGAUUCUUUAUAGACUUUCCGGAACUCGGUCAGCAGCGUGCGAAGUUGGAGGCUUACUUACGGAACCACUUCGUUGGUCGAGACGAGGAGGCGCUAAAGCACAGGUACCUGACGCUGCUGCAUAGCGUAGUACGGGAGUCGACCGUCUGCCUGAUGGGGCACGAGCGGCGGCAGACGCUGGCGCUGAUCGAGGCCCUAGCGUGUCGCGAGCUGUGCGCGCGUGCGCCGCUGCUGAUGCCGGCCGUGGCCGCGCUGCCGCCCGCCGGCUACUACGUGUGCGUGUGCGCGGCGUGCGCCGCCUGCGCCGCGUGCGCCGCGUGCGCCAGCGCCGCGUGCUGCGAGUGCUACCGGCCCGCGCUGUGCCCGGCGUGACCGCCGACCCCGCGCCCGCCCGACCUCUCCUUCGCAGUCGAUCCACGAUGAAUUUAGUGCCAAAUGUAUAUAAUAUAAAGGUAUAUGUAUAUGUAUGAUUCGACGCUAUGUAAACGCGUACGAUUGUAUAUAAUGUGAGAUUUCGCGCUUCGUAUCCUUUCGAUCUGUGCGACCGAGGUAUUAUUUCGUGAGAAGCGAGCGCGGUCGGAGCGCUCUCGGGCGGAGGAGACGACUCGCUCUGCGUCAAUUCGAUGUUGCUCACUCUACUUUGAUCAAUUUUCGUCAAUUCGUGAUGCGGCAAACUAACGUGAUCGUUCCGUAAUCGCUCGCCUCUAGUGACGUCACGUGUCUUAUUUCCUGGACAAUGACAACAUUCGUAUUUGCCAAUCAUAAAGUAUCAAGCUACAAAACCUCCUUACAUAUUAUCAGCGCUCGGUGUAGAGUCAAGACGUGAGGUAAUUUCUAGUCGUACUCCUUUCGUGUUGAUACAUUAAUAUGUUAGCAGUACGAAAAUUAUUUUCACGCGACGGUGUACGCGAUGUUAGGAUGUAAAGCCAAGUCGGUGGUCUGCCUUUUAAAAGACUAGUUACUUAUUUUUAAGCUUCGUAUGUAAAGAUUGUUUCCAUAAAGUAGUGGCAUGUCUCUCUCAAACAGAACCGCGGAAAUAGACUGAGAAAGAUACAAGGAUCACGAGAAAGAUGAGCGCAGGCGUUCCCGGAAAUCAAAAUUAAAAAAAAAGUUUUUACUUUAAAGUAGUUUCGGCUCAGACCUAAAUAAAUAAUGUCCUAUGAAAUGGCCUUUAGAAAAAAAAAACAUUCGAUAUGAUAUUGUAAAAAAUAAAUAUAUUGAAAGUAAUUAUAGUCGGACGCGGAGUUACGUACUCGUAUAUUCGCAAACCGCUUCGAACGAAUUCAUUACAUACAUAGGUCAGAAGGUUCCGCUCCUCGGUAUGAUAUAACUAAAAUAUACCUAUUUUACUAUUAUAUUUAUUAAUCAGAAAAAUUGUAUGUAUACUGUUUCGUGAUUGCUCUAGUAUUGUAUACGGCUUGGCAUACGAAGUAACAAAGUAAGAUAAUUAUAAACAUUAUAUUAAAAAAAAAUAUAUUUAAAAAAAAAUACAAAAAAAAAAAUAUAACUAAGGUGUGUACAAUAUUAAAGUCCACUCUUAAUAUUAAUACACCAUAUAAAUAUUUUAAGAACAUUUACAUGUAGUAGAGUUUAGCUAACAGAGUACAUACAUAGAAAUCUUUUUUAAUUACGUCUCAAUACAACAGUAGAUUGUAUGAAGAAAAUGUGAUUUAAUUGUUUUAGAAUUAAUGUAAUGUUGUCGAUCAUUAUAUAAAUAUUACAUAAACAUUAUUAUAUAGUUAAAUUCAAUAGAGAUAUAUUAUAUUGUUGUAUUUUAAUUAUAUAUAGUUAUACGAAUGAAAGUGUCCGUUCCAUGUCUUAUAUAGUUGCCAAUGCGUAUUAUAUAAUAUAUAACAAAGUGUAUGUUAAAUAAAUCGUUUUUCGUGUAAGCUGUACGUAUCCGGGGUAAUCAAGUACAAUCUGCUUGUAGUUUUAUCGUCUAAUAACUUCGGAACAAUGAUUUGAAUGAACGAAUUUCAGAAUUGCUCACUAACGAACCAAAAUUUAAGAUCUCAUUUUUAUUAGCCUUCGAAAUUUAUGUCGAAAUGAUUUUCUUCGAAGUCGCAUUUGUGUAUCAAUUCAGUUAUCAUUUAAAACAAUGUAUAUCCAUACUUUUAGUGAGAAAAAAAAAUCUUAGUAUCGAUCUUGUACUAGUAAAAAAAUUACAAAUAUAUCACUUCAAAAGUAUGGACGUCAUCACAUCCAUUUUUGAUAUGAAACUCACUUAUAUUUUCGACAGUUGUACUUAGAUAUAAAUGCAGUACAUAAUAUUAUAUGAAAAUUAAUCUAUAUUCCAUUAUUUAGAGUGAUCGAAUGUUUAUUGUCACUCGUUAUUCGUAUCGAGACAGGCGUCUAAGUUGUGAUUCGACAAGUUUUUUAAAUCUUUUUUAUUGUCUACUUAUAAAGGUUUAAUUUCACAAGGUAUAUUAAGAUGGGUAAGGGUAAAAGCCUGACUGAGGGAAAAUAUCGCGUGAUUUUUAUUUUCGCGCCCAAUUGACUGGAAAAUCGAUUUUUGUUUCGGAUAAAAAAAAAUCGAUAACUUUUUUUUUACUAAAGAUUAUGCUGUAAAAUUUUGCAUAAAUAUAUACGGCUAAAAAAUAAUAAUUUUUUUUUAAAUAAUUUGUUUAAAAAUUAAAAUUAAAUUCAGAUCUCCAAAAAAAUACUUUUUUUAAAAAAGAUAGUUAAAAAGAAGUACAGGUUCAAAACCUAAUGAUUUUAUUCUUAAUUCCGAAAUACAAAUUAAUAAAAAAAUAUAUAUAUAAUAUAAAGUUCUACUAUUAAAAUUAUUAUUACUUAUACUAAAUAACUCAAAAAAAGAUGAUAUUUUCGGAUCAAUCCUGGCGGCCUUAAUGGCAUAACUGCCAGCAUUAUUUGUUAUAGGUUCAACUAUAUCCAUGUGAAGCUUGAUCAACAUGAACUUUCGACCUUGCAAAAAAAAGUAAUAGUUUAAAUAGUUAGUGCAAAAUUUAUUUUGUAAUACAGUUUAAUUUAACCUAUAAAGUAAUUAAAAAAUAUAUGUCAGUUGCGACAUUUAUAAAAGCCAUUUUUAAUUUUCCACAGUGUGCGUCUGCAGCGCCUAAUUCAAACCACAUUAUCGUACGAAUUUUGAAUAGCGUGUGCGUGUACAUAACAAGAGCGCGUAAAUAAAACCAAGCGAUUUUUCCCGCAGUGUUGCUAGCUCUAAGACGUUAUUAUUAAUUGAUAAAUAAAGUUAUAACUUGUGAAAUUAAAUCCGUUAAUCUGUGAUUAAAAAGUAGAUCAGCUAUUGGCGUUAACUAUUAACUACCUCCUUAUACGAACGAUGAAGCUUCCUUAAUAUACAUUUGUGUAAUUAUAAAUCUUAAAAUUGUACUUACAUAACGAAAUAUAAAUCUAGAAAUUAAUUUGUCGGUUAAUUUUUAAUGUUAAUUUCAGUAAUUACUUUGAAAUAUAACCGAUUGUACGCGGAGGUCAUAUUCAUGUUUUUACCAGUAAAAGUUUUGUGAUUUAUAGUUUCCACUGACGGUCUAAUGUUUAUAUAUUUUAUUGAGAGACAUUGCAAUAUAGAAUAGGUUUUUAUUUUUCCGUAGUUACCAACAGUUUUCAGCUAGCCUUAAAGUAAUGUAUCAUUUAAUGUUUUCUAUGAAUUGGUCGUUGACGCUUGUGUGUUAAACUUGAACGUUAUUUUAAAACGACGAAAAUUAUGUAUAAUUUGUUCUUAUUCAGUCGUUAAAAAUAAUUUUAACUAUCGAUAGACGUCAACAGGGACAUUCGGUAACUUCCAGUUUCUGAAACGCUGUAAAAAAAUCAAAUCAAUUACGUCGAUGGCAAAUGUUGACGCGAUAAGCGACCAUUGAGCGUUCAGUUAAGCCAAAUUAGUUAAUCUGACUUUGAUCAACGUUUCAGAAACUGAAACUGUUUAAUAAAUCCUUAUAUUAAAGUUUAAUAUUAAGUAGUUUUUGAUUUGUGAAAUUCUUUGAUUUUAUGAAACGUACUGGAUUUUAAACAAAACAGAAAUAAUCACACAAGCGUCUUAAAUUAUAAGCGUUGUUAUUAGUUACAUUAAUUCAACAAUAAUGGGGUAUUAAACGAUUACAUAAAUUUAAUUUGAAUUCAUAUAGGAAACAGUCAUUCGGUUGACUAAUGUUAAAAUUUGACUCAUUCAUAAACUACAAAUUAUAUUAUCAUAUAAAUUUAAAUAUUAUAUCUAAAGUAAUGAGGAAUAACAUUCUUCCAACAAUACCUAUUAAAUUAAUAAUAACAGGAUUAAAAACAAUUUUAUUCCACAUUCGCGUGGCGUACGUCAAACCGAUGUAACUAAUGACGUCGAUAUUACGUAAAUAAAACCGAUCACGUUUAAAGAACAAAAAGUCUUUUAUAGUGUGAAGAACAAAAAAAUGUUUAUUCAAAGAGCAUUUGAGUAAAGACGUGAAAACAUACAGAUCGUUUAUUCGUUUAAUAUUACACUAGUUGUUGAUUUAAUGUAAAAUUUAGUACAUUUAUCUUGAGUCAAAUAUUAUAUUGAAAUCACAAAAAAGGCUUAAAUUUUAAACGCAAAUCUUUUAAUUUUAAUAAUUGAUCAAUUUUAUAUUUGGCUCAUGAUAUACUCAGUGUACGAGCAGCGACCAAAAUCACUUCGAUUUGAAUAAAGAGAGUUUAUUAAAAAUACUUAUGGAAUAAAAAAUGAAUUGUUUUUUGUUGCUGUCCGUACACGUACUACUACAGCGCCAUGUUGCGAUCCUCGCUCAUAUGUUAAAAGCGAUCUCGCGACAAACGGACUCUCUAAUUAAGGGGACGCUAGUACAUAAAGCCUUAAGUUGUAUAAGCUUAUUAAUUAGUUUUAUCAAAUAUAUUUACAUUUGUAGUUAUUAUUUUUUUCUCUUCCGAGUUGCCUGUUUCGUGUAACGAGAAGCGUGAACACGCUGUUGUUGGGUUACAUAAUGAUUACUAUAUAUUUGUGAAGAGUUUUAAGCUAUUGUAAAUUUUACAGAAAACUAAAUAAAAAAAUGUUGUGAAAAUAAAUUAUAAAAAAGUGAUAAACAGUGA